CAGCAGGCGGCGUUGAGUAGCUUUCUGGCUUGUGGAGUAGUUUGGUGCUGGAAGUGUGACAGGGCCAUUACGAACAGACAGGGAGGAAAGACAUGGCACUAAACCUGACUAUCAACAGCAGUGACCCACCUCUAGGGGCGCUGCUGGUCGCCGAACAUGUGAGGGGCAGCAUCAAUCUCUCUGUGGAGGAGGGCAAAGACACCAUGCUUCAUGUCUCUGAUCAGGUGCAGUUCAGUGAUGUUAACUCCAUCACGCGUUAUCUCGCCCGAGUGGCUCCGGCGUUAGGACUGUAUGGUUCUAACAUGAUGGAGCAAGCAGAGGUUGACCACUGGCUGGAGUUCAGUGCCCGUCGUCUCUGUGCGCAGUCAGAUCUGUCUUCUGCUCUGGCUGAGCUGGAUAAAGCUCUGGCAUUGAGAACCUUCCUGGUGGGUCACAGUGUGACCCUGGCUGACCUCUGCAUAUGGGCUGCUCUCAAAGGAAAUGGUGAGUCACAAGCCAAGCCAAGCUCCUACCCGCAUCUGUGCCGCUGGUUUUCUUUCCUGAGCUCUCAGGUGCCAUUCAGUUCUGUGGGCAGUAAAUGGUCCAGCGAGAUCAGCGCCAGCAAAGCCAAAGCCACUCCUGUGGAGAAGGAAAAGAAGCAGGAUUUGGGAAAGUUUGUGGAGCUCCCUGGUGCCGAGAUGGGCAAAGUAGUGGUGCGGUUUCCCCCAGAGGCUAGUGGAUACCUGCACAUCGGCCAUGCCAAAGCAGCUCUUCUCAACCAGCACUACCAGGUCAAUUUCAAGGGCAAGUUAAUCAUGCGUUUUGAUGACACUAACCCAGAGAAGGAGAAAGAAGACUUUGAGAAGGUGAUCCUGGAGGACGUGGCCAUGCUACAGAUCAAACCAGACCAGUUCACCUACACAAGUGACCACUUUCCCGCCAUCCUGCGCCUGGCAGAGAAACUCCUGCAGGAGGGCAAGGCCUACAUAGAUGAUACACCUCCAGACGUCAUGAAACAAGAAAGAGAGCAAAGGGUUGAGUCUCACAACCGCAGCAACUCUGUGGAGAAGAACAUGCAGAUGUGGGAGGAGAUGAAGAAAGGCACAGAGUAUGGCCAGACCUGUUGCAUGAGAGCCAAGAUCGACAUGAACUCCAACAAUGGCUGCCUGCGUGAUCCCACACUGUACCGCUGCAAGAACACUCCUCACCCUCGCACAGGCAGCACUUACAAAGUCUACCCCACAUAUGAUUUUGCGUGCCCCAUCGUGGACAGUGUUGAGGGCGUGACGCAUGCCUUGCGUACUACUGAGUACCAUGACAGAGAUGAGCAGUUCUACUGGGUGAUAAACGCCCUGGGACUGCGAAAGCCCUACAUCUGGGAGUACGCCCGACUGAAUCUUAAUAACACUGUGCUGUCCAAGAGGAAGCUCACCUGGUUUGUUGACCAGGGCUAUGUGGAAGGCUGGGAUGACCCACGUUUCCCCACAGUCAGAGGUGUGUUGCGUAGAGGAAUGACUGUUGAGGGACUCAAACAAUUCAUUGCUGCUCAGGGAGGAUCCAGAUCUGUGGUGAACAUGGAAUGGGACAAGAUCUGGGCAUUCAACAAGAAGGUCAUUGACCCAGUCGCUCCCAGAUACACAGCCCUAUUGAGCUCACAAGUGGUUCCAGUCUUCAUUUCUGAAGCCAAGGAGGAGAUGAAAGAGGUUGCCAAACAUCCCAAGAAUGCAGACGUGGGAAUGAAGCAGGUGUGGUACGGGCCAAAGGUGUUUGUUGAGGGGGCUGAUGCCAAAACUUUCACAGAGGGUGAGACAGUCACUUUCAUCAACUGGGGAAACAUCAUCAUCACCAAAAUCAACAGGGACAGCAGUGGAGUGAUUACCUCUCUACAAGGCUGUCUGAACCUGGAAAACACAGAUUUUAAAAAGACCACUAAGAUCACAUGGCUAGCUGACACCACCCGUGCUCCACUCCUGCCCACUGUAUGUAUCAACUACAACCACCUCAUUACCAAACCAGUCCUUGGCAAGGAUGAUGAUUUCAAGGACUAUAUCAACAAGAACAGCAAGGUAGAGGAGAAGAUGCUGGGAGACCCUUGUCUGAAGGACUUGGAAAAAGGUGACAUCAUUCAGCUGCAGAGGAGGGGCUUUUACAUCUGUGAUCAACCUUAUGAGCCAAUCAGCCCCCACAGCUGUAAAGAGAGUCCCUGUGUCCUGCUUUACAUCCCAGAUGGACACACGAAAGAAAUGCCCACUGCUGGCUCCAAGGACAAGAACAAGAACCAAACAGCUGCUAAACAUGCUGAAUCUGCUACUCUCUGCAAAGCCAAACAGGCUCCAGCGUCCAAGCAAUCCUCCAGCCCAGCACCAGCCAGAUCAGGAGAUGCUUCCACACUGUUCUCAAGCAUUGUGGCUCAGGGAGACUUGGUCAGGCAGCUCAAGACAGACAAAGCCUCUAAAGAGCAAGUGGACUCUGCUGUAAAGCAGCUCUUGGCCCUUAAGUCUGAGUUUAAACAGCUGACUGGGCAGGAAUAUAAACCUGGUAUGGCCCCUCCUACUUCCGCUCCAGCACCGAAGAGCUCUGCUGCCCCAACUCCUGCAGCAGGAAUCCAAAGCCCUGCUUCCUCCUCUUGUCCUUACACUCGUGUUGCUGAGCAAGGCGAGGUGGUUCGAAAACUGAAGGCUGAAAAAGCACCCAAGGACCAGAUUGAUGCAGCAGUAAAGCAGCUUUUGGCUUUGAAGGUUGAAUAUAAGAAGGUGACUGGGCAAGACUAUAAGCUCGGAGCUCCUCCAGCUGGUGAUUCUGCAUCGACUCCAGCCCAGCCUGCCACCACCACCACCCCUGCAGUGUCUAGCUCCUCUGACAGCUCUCCUAUGGCUAUUUACGAGCGUGUCUUUCAACAAGGAGACCUUGUGAGGAAACUGAAGACAGAAAAGGCACCCAAGGACCAGGUAGAUGCAGCUGUGAAGCAGUUGCUAUAUCUUAAAACUGAGUACAAGCAGCAAACUGGGCAGGAGUACAAACCAGGUGUGCCUCCUACAGCCCCCACCCCUACACAGUCUAGUUCCUCCCAACCUCAGUCCAGCUCCUCCCCCCAGGCUCAAGCUUUGUUUGCCGACAUUGCCCUGCAGGGGGAGCAAGUGAGACGGCUCAAAACAGAGAAGGCGCCUAAGGAGCAAGUUGAUAAAGCAGUGAAGACUCUGCUGGAGCUAAAGGGUCAAUAUAAAGCCCUCACUGGAGAGGAGUACAAACCUGUAACUACCCCAGGAGUCUCAGGAAACACAGGAGAAGACAAGAGCCGCAAGGAGCGAGAGAACAAGUCUGAGAAGCAGGGAGGAGGCGGAGGAGGACGCAAGCAGCAAAAGGGAGGAGAGAAACCUCAAGGUCAAGAAUCUGGAGCAGGUGGAGCAGGAGACGGCCAGGGGCCAAAGAAACAAACAAGAUUGGGCCUUGAGACAAAGAAAGAGGAAAACCUGGCUGAUUGGUAUUCGCAGGUGAUCACCAAAGCCGAGAUGAUAGAGUAUUAUGAUGUUAGUGGCUGUUACGUGUUGAGGCCCUGGUCUUAUGCCAUCUGGGAAGCUAUCAAAGAAUUCUUUGACCAGGAGAUCAAGAAGCUUGGCGUGGAGAAUUGCUACUUCCCAAUGUUUGUUUCUCAGGCUGCCCUGGAGAAGGAGAAAACCCACAUUGCAGACUUCGCACCAGAGGUCGCUUGGGUGACAAGAUCAGGAAAGACCGAGCUGGCUGAACCUAUCGCUGUGCGUCCCACUAGUGAGACAGUCAUGUACCCGGCCUAUGCCAAGUGGGUCCAGUCACACAGAGACCUGCCGAUCAAACUCAACCAGUGGUGCAACGUUGUGCGUUGGGAGUUCAAACACCCCCAGCCCUUCUUGAGGACCAGAGAGUUUCUAUGGCAAGAGGGACACACAGCUUUUGCUACCAAGGAGGAAGCCACAGAGGAGGUGCUGCAGAUUCUGGACCUGUAUGCUCGGGUGUACGAGGAGCUGAUGGCCAUCCCUGUUGUCAAGGGCAGGAAAACUGAGAAGGAAAAGUUUGCAGGAGGAGACUACACCACCACCGUGGAAGCUUUCAUCUCAGCCAGCGGCAGAGCUAUUCAGGGUGCCACAUCUCAUCACCUGGGCCAGAACUUCUCCAGGAUGUUUGAGAUUGUCUUUGAAGACCCUAAGAAGCCAGGUGAGAAGCAGCUUGCCUACCAGAAUUCUUGGGGCAUAACUACCCGAACCAUUGGAGUCCUGACAAUGGUUCAUGGAGACAACAUGGGUCUGGUGCUGCCACCCAGAGUAGCAUGCCUACAGGUGAUCAUCAUUCCUUGUGGCAUCACAGCUUCUUUGCCUGAAGCAGAGAAAGACCUUCUAUUGGCACAGUGCUCCAAAUAUCUUUCCAGACUGCAGAAGGCCGACGUCAGAGUGAAGGCUGACCUGCGUGAUAACUACUCACCUGGCUGGAAGUUCAACCAUUGGGAGCUGAAAGGUGUGCCCAUAAGGUUGGAGGUUGGGCCAAAGGACUUAAAGCAGGGCCAGUGUGUGGCAGUAAGGAGAGACACAGGAGAGAAGAUCAUUAUGCCAGAGGCUGAAACAGAGAAGAAAAUCAAAAACCUUCUGGAAGAGAUCCAGAGCAACCUCUUCAAGCGGGCUUCUGAUGAUUUGAACAAACACAUGGUUGCAGCAGAUACUAUGGAACAGUUCCAGAAAGAUCUGGACCAGGGAAGGAUUGUACAGAUUCCCUUCUGUGGAGGCAUUGAGUGUGAGGACUUGAUAAAGAAGACAACAGCCAAGGAUCAAGAUCUGGAGCCUGGUGCACCUUCAAUGGGAGCCAAGAGUCUGUGUAUCCCCUUCGAGCCCUUGAAGACCCUGCAGCCUGGUCAGAUGUGCGUCAGCUGCAAAGAACCUGCCCAGUAUUACACGCUAUUUGGACGCAGUUACUGAGAGAGUCUGUCAUCCCUAUCCACCAACUAAUGGCUUCCCCUUUUUAACAAAUGCACUUGCAAGAUUUGUUGUAACUUAUGACAUCUGUAAUCAUUUUUCACCACUGAUCAUACUGCAGUCCCUUUGUGUUUCUGGUCAUAUUUCAUUAGCUGAACUUACAGACAGUUCUAGGCUAAGAUUUAGAUAUCCUAAAUGGCUGUAGUAGACCUUUGCACGUAUUUAUCCUAAAUAAAUGCCUGGCAAUUGUAAUAAACUAAACAUUGUCUGUAAUAAAGGGAUUCUGAAUUUC